AUGGGCGCCACAGAAACGGACACCGUUACCCAUCACCUGGCGUCAGUACUGCCAACUGAUGGACGACCGUGGUAUACGAAAGGUCAUUUGGUGAAGCUAAAUUUCACUAUCUUCUCUCUAGUCCUGCUGUCAUCGUCUAACGGCUAUGAUGGUUCCUUGAUGAAUGGACUUCAAGCUCUUCCCGUCUGGAACUCAUUCAUGGGGAACCCUACCGGCUCCUGGCUUGGCUUCUUCAACGGAAUCUAUUGGAUCUGCAACGGUCUCGCCUUCCUCGCCGCCUCUUGGGCAUGCAAUAAGUACGGCCGUAAGACCGGUGUUUACGCCGGCUAUGUCUUUCUCGUUGCUGGCACGGCCCUUGGGACUGCAGCUCCAGAUCGGGGGAGCUUCAUUGCUUCCCGCGGCCUAAUUGGUGCUGCAGCAGGGUUUUUUGCGAACGGAGCACCUCUCAUUAUCAAUGAAAUCGCCUACCCAACUCAUCGACCGGUCGCGGCCUCGUGCUUUCAGUGUGGCUUCUACGUUGGCAGCAUCGUUGCAGCGUGGGUGACAUUCGGAACAAGGAACUAUUCAACCAACUGGGCUUGGAGAAUUCCAUCGGUCGUUCAGAUCCUACUCCCCUGUUUGGCGCUUCCAGGUGUGCUAAUGGCACCCGAAUCACCUCGGUGGCAUGCAUCCAUGGAUCGCAUUGACGAUGCAACCAAGUUUCUGGCCAAAUAUCACGCUGGUGGCGAUGUGGACUCCCCACUAGUUAAGUUUGAGACCGAGGAGAUAGUAAAUACUAUCAAAGCCGAACAACAAGCACAUGCGACCACGAGCUAUCUAGACCUGCUCAAAACAAGAGGAAAUCGAUGGCGACUUCUUAUAUCCGUCUCUUUGGGUGUUUUCAGUCAGUGGAGCGGCAAUGGAGUCGUUUCUUACUAUCUUACCCUGGUUCUCGACACUGUUGGAAUCACCAGCGUAACAAAUCAAACUCUGAUUUCUGGAUGCCUACAGAUAUGGAAUCUCCUUUGGGCCGUUGCUGCAGCGGCAUCUGUUGAAAGGUUGGGACGCCGACCACUAUUUAUCACCUCUGCUGCGGUAAUGCUCACAAGCUACAUCAUCAUCACUGGGCUUUCAGGUUCCUUUGCCAACACAGGAAAUUCCGCCGUGGGGACCACCGUUAUCCCAUUCCUUUUUAUCUUUUUUGCGGGCUAUGAUAUCGCACUAACACCCUUGCUGAUAUCAUAUUGUCUUGAGAUUUGGCCUUAUCGACUACGAAACCGAGGUUUCAGCGUCAUGUGGACGACAGGCGUCCUGAUCGGUAUUUUCAACACGUUUGUCAACCCCAUUGGCCUGGAGCACAUUGGAUGGAAGUACUACUUUAUCUUCAUCGUGUUCUUGAUUGCGUUUCUCUUUCUGGCCAUCUUCUGCUACCCCGAAACACGAGGUCACACUCUCGAACAGAUGGUCUUUGUCUUUGACGGACCGGAGGUCGAAGUGCUGAAUGCAGACGAAGCAGCUGAGGUGGUGGAUGUGGAGCCAAAAAGGGAGAAGGUGUAA